AUGAGUGCUCCUCAGAUUGCGCCUUAUGGCCACUGGAAGAGUCCGCUGACUGCGGAGAGCUUGGCAACCUGCAGCAUAAUGCUCAACGAAGUCGCUGUUGAUGAGUCAACGGGAGCUGUUUACUCUGUUGAAUGCCGGCCUGUCGAGGACGGCCGCUCCGCCGUCGUGCAGCAUCUGAAUGGACAAAGCAAAGAUAUUCUACCGAAAGACCUGAGUGCACUCGCAAGUGUGCAAGAGCUUGGUGGUGGCUCUAUUUCAAUGAGAUUCGACGGGCGUAUUUUGCUCUCAGACGAAGAUUCCUGCAAUGUUUAUCUUUUGGACCCAGGCUCAACUGAAGCUACGCUAGUCCAGCCGGCCGAGAAAGGCAUUCGCUACGCAGAUUUCUCCAGCCACCCCACGAACCCACAGUGGAUCAUCGCGAUUAAGGAGGAUCACCGAGAGGCGACUCCGGAAACUCAAGCAACCCAUGUUCAUAAUACCUUGGUGGCGAUUGAUAUCGACUCUGAUCCACAAGAAUCCGCUAAAGAAGUCAUCAUUGCACAAGGUGACGAUUUCUACUCCCAUCCGAAAUUCGACCCUUCGGGGAAAUAUGUGUCAUGGAUCCAAUGGACCCAUCCUGAUAUGCCCUGGACUGGAACUACGCUUUAUUUAGCUGAGUGGAAAGACGGAUCGGUGGAUAAUGCCACACGAAUCGCUGGUAAAGCGCAGGAGGAGAGUGUCGCUCAGCCGAAAUGGGGUCUAGAUGGAAAGCUUUACUUUGCGAGUGACCGAACCGGUUUCUGGCAGUUGUACUCGUAUAAUCCAGAGGACACGAAGCUGUGUGCUUUGUCGUUCAAGGGAAUGGAGAAUUCGGACUUUGCAGUUGCUGAGUGGGAGCUGGGAAGUUCUACAUACACGUCGCUUGACGAACAAACCAUAGUUGCAACGGUGAUAACUCAUGCCACCAGCAAAGUUGUCCUAAUUGAUACCGUGACUUCAUCCGUUCAAGAACUCGAUCUUCCUUACGUGGACAUCGAUACAAUCCGUCGUGUAUCAUCCACGAGCUUUGCAGUCGUCGGUUCUACAAGAACAUCCCCUCAGGAGCUGGCACUGAUCUCGAUCACUCCAUCAUUCGAGACAAACAGAAAGGUGCUCACUUCAACCGCAUCGUUUGAACUGGCCCAUGACUUUGUCUCUACUGCGACGGAAUACACUGCCCCUCAAAAGCAUGGUCCCAUACAAGACAGUAAUGUGCACAUGUUCUAUUUCGCUCCUCGCAAUCCUGAAUUUCAGGCUGAUGAAAAGAGUCUACCUCCCCUCCUGGUCUAUGUUCAUGGAGGUCCGAAUGGGGCUGUUACUCCUGCUCUUGACCUAGACAUUCAAUACUGGACUACACGUGGCUUCGCUGUGUGCGCUGUUAACUACACCGGGUCUGUUGGAUUUGGUCGAGAAUAUCGUGAACGAUUGUCGGGCUAUUGGGGACUUGUGGAUGUGGGAGAUGCUGCUAGUGCGGUCGAAUUCCUUGCGGACAAGAUGUUGAUCGAUAAGACACGAGUUGGAAUAUAUGGCGGAAGCGCUGGAGGGUACCUGACUUUGCGCGCUCUUCAUAUGUAUCCGGAAGUCUGGGCAGCAGGAAUCGGCUCAUACGGCAUCAGCGAUGUUAAGGCUCUGCAGGCGGAUUCCUACAAGUUUGAGAGUCAAGACGUGGAUCGAUUGCUUCUUAGCAAAACAAACCCCGAUGAAAGAGAACUUGAGCUCAAGAAGCGCAGUCCAUGCUAUUAUGCAAAGCAGAUGACGGCACCAUUGCUGCUAUUGCAGGGAACAGAGGAUGUGGUGGUUCCAAUUGCACAAGCACGAAUGAUGGCUGAUGCUAUGCAUUCUGAAGGACGGAUUGCGGAGGUUGUCGAGUUUGAGGGUGAGGGCCAUGGAUGGCAUGGCCAGAAGGCUAUCCAUGAAUCUUUCACCCGACAGGAGGAAUGGUGGAAGCGUUAUCUUACCCAAAUGUCCUAA